AUGAUGAAGACCGCAGCAAUUCUUCUCUUAUCGCCGCAUAUCGACGAAUGCCGUCAGUGCACUGGUCUCCUAGAUCGCCAAAUGGGCUCCUUUGUAUCCCAAUGUUGCAACCAAGAAGUUCAAUUUCAGAAUAAUAAUCGCCAAAUUGUCCGUUUCUUUAUGAUUGGUACUGGUGGUGCUGGUAAGACAACUGUAGUACGACAGCUGAAAUGCUUAUGCAAGGAACGGCCGAAAAAUUACAAGGUCUUUGAUGCAGACUGGAAUGAAAUUCCAGUCGAUAAUAUAUUUACGAGCGAAGAAAUGUCCAGUUUUCGGAAAAUUAUUCGUAAUAACAUAAUGACAGCCACUUACAACCUCAUUCAGCAAACAACCGAAUGGGGUCAUGAAUGCCAGUCUUCAAAAAGUGUGGAGGCAAUUCUAGCCGUCGUCGACAAUGCCGUUAAAGAAGGAAAAGGCACUUUCGAUGUAGAUGUUCCGUCAUCUCUUGGAGACGAUGUUAUCGAAGUAUUACGGGACCCAAACAUAGCUGACACGCUGGAAAGACAUCACAAAAUGGCUCGGAAAUGGCGAAUCGAAGAUGGAACGUUGAAAUUCCUUACAGAAAAACAAAUUAAACGCUUAUUCGAUGACAAUGUGGAGCUGACUACGAUUGACAUCGUUCAUGCGAGGUACUUUCUCCAGUUUAGAAAUAAAAUCGGUGAAGACUUCCGAUUCAGUAUUAACGGCACGUAUAUCCAAAUUCACGAUAUGGGUGGACAACCUACAGAAAUGAUGAAAAUACCAGAAUUCAUGCAGCAGUGGAUCGCAGCUGAUAGAGAAGGUUACAUGAACUUCAUACUUUUUGUGACAUCGAUGGCCGAUUUCAACGUCCAAGACGAAGAAGAAGAGAAGCGAACGGCAAUGGAACGUAGUAUAAGAAUACUUGACCGGAUACUCAGUGUGGACGCCAUCCAAAAUUGUGGACUUUUGAUAUUUUUCAACAAACAAGAUGUAUUUAACGAAAUUGUGACGGAGUUAUCGAAGACGGAUGAGGGUCGUGCUGAGAUCAUCAAACGUCUCAAUAGUUCCCUGACAGAAGGAUCCAAACGAGGUCUGACAGAUGGCAAUAUUCCUGUGAAAGUGGUGCACACAGAGCCAUUGAAAGCAAAUUCGACAACGUCAUUCAGAAACGGAAGAAAGGAACAAGAAGACACGCAAGCUGUGGAUCCACAUAUUAUGGCCGACAUAUUCAACGUUAUUGAAAAUGAGAUCAUCGUUGAUUUCAUCAGAAACGCGCGAUUUAUUAUGUAA